UGUCAAAAGGAGUAAUCGAGACUGCGAUUUUGGUUGAUUUUUAUUCACAAUCCCUGAAUUUUAAAAUUACCGUUAAAUCCGAGCUCUAUGUAUUGCAUUUAAUUUGUAACAAAAGAAGUUCUUCUGCAGUGUACUAAGUAGAUGUGUGUAGUUCGUAUAGAAACAUUUCUGUUAUUUGAUUUCGUUUGUCAGUUUUUCUUACAAGUUAUUUUGCGCGGGAAGCCGGGAAUCGCAUCUAAAAUCUUGUGAUGAGAAUUGAACCUGAUUUUUAAGCCCACCUUCAACAUGACUGAUGCUUUGUGCCAUUUAGUUGUAGACGGCAACGAGGUAUUGGAACUAAAAUUAGUGAGGUCUCCAGAUGAUAUCGAGGAUGAAGAAACUAGCUUCGCUCCAGAAAUGUGCCACCAAGUGUUUGGCGAGAACGAAAAUAUUUUUGGUUACACGGAUUUGCGUAUACGGCUCUACUACACUGCUGGGAGUCUUCAAACAUAUCUCGGCAUCGAAUACUCUGAAAAGAUUGAGCCCAGUAUUUCUGAAGGCAUGAAAGCUGAUGAUGUAGAAGGAGCUAUGAAAAAAAUCUUGGCACCUGGUUAUACAACAAAUUUAGACCAGUUUGUCUCAUUGUUAGAAAAGGACAAAGCAUUCAGGCCAAUGGGAAAAAUGCUACAUUCCUUUACAGCAACAUCUCAUGACGGGGGAGACAAACACACAUUUGAAGUGUACUUCUGUGACACAACCACCCCAGGUUUUCUGGCCUUCCAUGAGCGGCUACAGACGUUUCUGCUGUGGUAUGUGGAUGCAGCCUCCUUCAUUGAUGUAGAUGAUGACCAAUGGACCUUCUUUACAGUAUUCGAGAAGUACCCGACGAGCGAGGGCGGCCACGCGUACGCGGCCGCGGGGUACGCGACGGUGUACCGCUACUACGCGUACCCCGCGCACGCGCGCCCGCGCGUGUCGCAGGUGCUCACGCUGCCGCCCUUCCGCAAGCUCGGCGUCUGCGCCAACCUCCUUACGGCCAUCUAUUCUCACUUUGUAAUACUUCCAGAAGUCAUUGAUAUGACUGUAGAAGAUCCAUCUGAAGAUUUUCAGAGAAUCAGAGAUUAUGUAGAUUGCAAAAACUGUGAAACUCUACCAGCAUUUUAUCCAGCAAAGCUUUAUCAAGGGUUUUCGCCUGAGAUGGUGUCGCAAGCGUGCGCCAAGUUCAAGAUAAACAAAAAGCAGGUGCGGCGCGUGUACGAGAUCCUGCGCCUGCGCGCCACCAACACGUCCGACAAGACGCAAUACCUGCAGUACAGGCUCGACGUCAAGAACAGGCUCAACGCUCCUUUCCAGAAAAAGAAAUUAGAAAUGAAGAAACUGGAGAAAGUUCUGAAGCCGGAAGAGUACGCGGCGACGCUGAGCUCGCUCGGCGUGAACGAGACGCAGGGCCGCCUCGCCAGCCAGUACCUCGCGCUGGAGGCCGACUACCGCCGCGUGCUGCACCGCCUCGACCACGACUAGCGCGGGGCACACCACACCGACCACCACCGAAGCGGCUGAACUAAUACGACGAUCGUUUACAAAAUAUGCUAAUUGAAAAUUGUAAUGCAUGUUAUAUUAGUCUAUAAACGGCUGUCGCCUGGGCUCUUGCACCACGCAUGUUACAUAUUCAGUUCACAUUCGUGGUUGUCAAAUACGAAUACUUACAUUUACAAUUUACUUACGUAUUAGUUCAGUUGUUUUGUUUCACAAAACUGUCCAAAAAUGUAUGUCUAAUUAUAAUGUCGUAUUGUAAUGUAUCCAGUAUGAGUUAAUAUUUUAGUGAUUUUUUUAUAUCAUUUUAUGUAAAGACGUAAUUAGUUCUUUAUGAGAUGUAAAAUGAUCAAAAUGUAAGGUCUUGUGAGAAAACAAUGUUGUAUAUUUGGCUGUAACAAACAAAGAUCUAAGUUUAGGAAUUUCGACUUAUUGAAAAAUAAUGGCAGGGAUUAGAAUAGGAUGUCUAAAUGCAUCAGUUUAAAUGUUGAUGUUGGUUAAGAGAAAUAUUUGUCUGUUGAAUUGGAAUUUGUGUGUAGUUUUUCCUCGGAGCUGGUUUCUUUUUUUUUUUUGUUGGAAAGCUAGACUAGUCAUUAAUUGUGGAAUUCCAUACUUAAAAUGUAACUACAUCGAUUCAUUCAACAGCUUCCUUGUCUCAUUUGUAUAGCAUAGAGUAUUUUAACAUCUUAGACGUAAACUCAUACUCAUACUCUCAUUUGGAUAUGUCAAAAAAUACUAUUUCUGAGCCACCUACCAUUUCAGCUAAUAUAAAGCAUUCGUGGUACUUUGUUAACAUUGUAACUCUCCCAGAUGGGUUAACAUUAAUUAGGUUGUUAAUAACAUCAACACAUCAUUAAUUACGUUUUAUUUUUCGCUAAUACUUUGAACAUUAUCUUAAUUUAAUUGGAUAAGUUUUCAAGUAAAAUGUUGAUUUUUAUAAUA